AUGACACAUUGUUUUAAUUGUAACUCUACAGAAUUAGAAACAGAUCAAGCAAAGGGAAUAAUAUAUUGUGAAGUGUGUGGAAUGUUACAAGAAGAGAAUUUAAUAGUGAACACAUUACAAUAUAACACAGAGGGGAGUAAGCCAAUUAAGACUGGUCAAAUUAUUAACGUAGAAAACGUUAAUGUUGGUACUCAGUUUGUUGAUAGUUCUUAUUAUAUAAAAAACACAAUUAGAAAUAUUUGUAACAAACUAUCUUUAGAUAACUCACAUAUUGAAAUAGCAUUUAGAUGGUACAAAAUGUCAUUAUUACAUAAUCUUACUAAAGGAAAGUCUAUUUUAUAUACUUUAUCAGCAUGUGUUUACAUUUCUUGUAGACAAGCUAAUACUCCUCACUUAUUAAUGGACUUUUCUGAUGUUUUGAGAAUUGAUGUAUUCAAAAUUGGUAAAAUUUUUAUGAAAAUGAGAAAAUUAUAUAAAAUUGAAAUAAAGUUAACUGAUCCAUCAAUGUACAUGCAUAGAUUUAUAACACAGCUUAAAUUAAAACAUCCUGAAAUAUUCUCUAUUGCUGUGAGGUUAUUAAAUAGAAUUAAAAAAGAUUGGAUAAUGGAGGGAAGGAGACCUAAUAAUGCCUGUGGUGCUGCUAUUUUACUAGCAUCUAGAAUCUGUGGUGAACCAAGAGAUAUUAAGGAUGUGGCUAAAACAGUACAUUCCUCGGUUGCUACAAUUAAUAAAAGAUUAAAAGAAAUUUCAGAAACACAAACUGCCCAUCUUAAUAUAAAGGAGUUUAAAGAAUCUUGGAUUGAUGUAGAAGAAAAUCCACCUGUCAAUAAAAUCAGUAAAUUUGUUAAAGAAGAAUCAGAAGAAAUCAAUGAAUUUGAUAGUGAUGAAUACAUUCUUAAUGAAAAUGAAAUCCAAGAUAAAACUAAUGUUUGGGAUUUAAUGUAUAAUGAGUAUGUUAAAGAAAUGCAAUUAAAGAAAAAGAAUGCACCUGCUCCUAGAACUAUCAAAAAAAGAAAAAAAAGUGAUUUUGAAACUGUUGAAGAUGCUUUAAAAUCACUUGAUAAGAAAGUCACAUCUAAAAUUAAUUUAAAUGCUCUUAAUAACUUAUUUGAUUAA